AUGACUGGAAUAGGAAAGCUUUCUUCAUUUCAGUUCAUUAUCAUUUGCUCAUUUGCAGCCAUUGGUGGUGCAACUGGCCAGCUUCUUGAGCAAAAUGCUCACACCCUGGAUGAAAUUUCUGCAAAUUUUAAUGCUUUUAAGGUUCAUGAGAAUAUCAAUCUCUUUUGCCAAGUUCGGAAUAACAUCCUCGCUAUUAUGAAUGACCUGAAUGACUUGCCAGAGAUAAUGAAGCAAAUGCCACCGCUGCCCGUGAAGCUGAAUGAAGAGCUUGCCAACUCCAUCCUUCCUAGGUCAUCUUCGCAGAAGAAAUCUUGA